AUGCCAUUCGUCACCACAGAAGUCCAGCCAAUCGUUGAGGAAAUCGCCACGAUCCUUAAAUCAAGAAACCAAACCAUUGCGGUUUCUGAAGCCGCCUGUGGUGGGAUCCUUUCCGCCUAUUUGGUCGCAGUGGCCGGGGCAUCGAAAUUCUUCCAAGGAGGAACAUUGGUUUAUAGCUUGAAAUCAAAAUUGAAACUAUCGGGUUGGUCGGAAAGUGAAAUUUUGAGUUAUACUGGACCAUCGAAAAAAAGUGUUCUCAAACAAGCAAGAAAUUUGCGAAUGGAAUUGGGGUCAACUUAUGUGUUGUGUGAAUCAGGUUUUGCAGGUCCUAGCGUAGAUGUCGAAGGAGUAACGAGUUCUCCUAAUGCUAAGAAACAAAAGAUUGAAAACAAAGAUAAUACCAACGGAGAAGAAGAGACAUUGCUUGACGAUUCAAGGAAAGUCGGUACAGUUUAUUUUGCAAUUAGUGGUCCAAAUGGCGAAGAAACUACAGUUGAAAAUACCGGAUUGAGUGAUAGAGUGGAAAAUAUGGAAGAGUUUGCUAAAUUAGGGUUGGAGUUCUUCUUGCAAGUGCUAAAAAAUGCCGAUAAAUAA